AUGGCCGAAAAAGAGUCGACCACAAUUUGGGGCGAUAAUGUUGCUGUUCGGUGUAGUUGGGCCACUUCGCAAGUCACCAAAUGUGAUGUCAACGAUAGUACGGCAUCACAGGUGGUCGACCUUCUGUUAACAGCGAGUUGUGCGUCGCCAAGUUUAACAAGACUACAAACCCCGAAGGAAAACACGGCCUGGCUUCUGAACGACGCCAAUGAAGCCCAACUUAUCAAUGCCGAGUCUUUUGGCUCACAUGCAGCCUUUCAGUUUCUUCUGAGCUGUCUCCAGGCCACGCAAUCUUCCAGGAGUAGAAUUGUCAGACUUGUGAUUCCCCUCCAUAGAGGAACAAUUGUCAGGUCAGACAUCUUACCCCUUCGUCUUAAAGGCGCCUUCGGGGCCGAGAAAGUAGCGUCAUUUUCAGACCCUCUCCAAUCGUUUCCUGGAAAUGCUCUGCGUCUAGAUGCGAUGUCACUUCCCGAGAUAUUUCGAUCUUCAGCUGGGGGGAUAUUACUACAGGAGCUUCCUUCGGACGGGCAUAUCUCCAAUAAGGCCACUGUACAUCCAGCCUUUGAAGCCGAAUUUGAAAACAAGAUGUCGAUCUCGUGGAUCACACGAGAGCAACUAACUCGCAAACGCCUUGUGCUCGUUGGCUGUAGCUAUCGCGAUCCAUCAUCAGGUGCCUGGACGGUAUACGCAUGUGAUGCAGCCCAUGCCCUCGGAAUCGAUUUAGUUAUUAUCGAGAAACCCGGGAGCUGGAUCGAGCGAAGCGAGUAUUCACACUGGUAUGAAGCUCUCUUGCCCGCUGGCGCCUGGUGGUCUAAUCCUCCCGGGGACGACAUGGCAGAUCAUAUUGUCGAAAUGGUCAAGUCAUACGGGAAGAAAGUCGAUGGGAUAGUCGCCUUUCUAGAACCAUUUCUCGCCACCGUCAGCAGGGCGGCUCAACAGCUUGGUCUUCCGUGUCAACCAGCGGAGGCGUACGAGAUUGCAACUGAUAAGUACAGGCUAGGCGUAUUCGAAAACCGUAGACCUUUUCAUGGUUCCACCGCCGAGGAGGCUCUAGAAUUCGCCUCGAACGAGAACCUCCAGUAUCCCUUAAUCCUAAAACCACGUUUAGGCCUGAACUCAGAGGGGGUUGUACGGGUGAACAAUGCGGCAGGGAUUCGGUCAGCUGUGGAGAUGAUACAGAAGACCUUUUUCAAGUCGUUCACGAUCGAGAAAUACUGCGACGGGCCAGAAGUGGACGUAAACAUCGUUCUACUUGAUGGUGAAGUACUCUUCUCCGAAAUAUCUGAUGACUUCCCUAAAUCAGGAGAUCAAGAUGACGAAACCGUCCCAGAAUCGCAAAGAAACUUCUUGGAAACUUAUCUCGUCCACCCCUCGGCACUUCCAUCCUAUGAAUUGGCAAUGCUUAGGGAAUCUAUUAGUGCGACGAUUCGACGGCUUGGGUUUUCCAGUGGUAUCAUGCAUGUGGAGGCUCGAGUUGAUCAAUCAUCGGUUGAAUACCGCUGUGAAGAAGGUAUUCUGGAUUUGCAACCGAAUGGAAAGGAGAUCAAGUCCGUCACUCCAGCUCCUUGGGUCUUAGAAAUCAAUCCGCGACCACCAGGAUUGACCGCUAGUCGCAUCAUUGAGUCGGUAUACGGAAUCGACUAUUUCGGUGUCGCGCUAACUCUAGCUAUAAAUGACAAGGAGCGAGUUAGAGCGCUCUCUCACUCCUUCCUGAAUGGCGCCCAGCAUACUGGGGUUAUGGUAUUGAUACGCGCCGACUUCCAUGAGAGCUGCCAAGGAAUAUUCGAUUCUGAUGAUAUCUGCGAAGAACUGCUGACUCGGCGACCAGACUUGGCACAAAAUAUCAAUCGCUACGGCUGCCUCGCGAAAAGGGGCCAGAAGAUUCCGCAUCCUAGUUCUGGAGCUAACACAUUCGUGGCCUAUUUUAAUGUAUUCUCCAAAUCCAGAAAGGAUGCAUUAAAGAUAGCGGCCGAGGUGAGGAGGGAAGUCAGGUUCUCGUUUCUAUGA